AUAUAUUAUAUAUUUUUUACAUUUUUAUUCUCCAUUUUUUCCCCAAUCUCUCUCUCUCUCUCUCUCUCUCUCUCUCUCUCUCUCUCGCAAAUUCGCUCUUUGGGAUCUGCAAAUGCAGCUUCUUACUUGGAACCAGAAUCGCCCUUUCGAUGGAGUAUGAUGGUUAAGAUAGCUUGGAUGGCCUUCUAGUUGGAUUCUAUUGGGUUCUUUCCGAUUUCCGAAGGUAGUGGAAUACUUUUUGAUGGGUAAUUUGGAAAGAAUCGAAGUAUUUCUAAACAUGACAAUCUCUUUUUCACAAUUCGAUACGUUCUCGUGAUUGUUUUUGUCAUGGAUUCUGAGAACCGGAAGGAAGCUGAUCUUGUGAUCGACAUCGAGGGCGACAAAAACAUAAUGCUAAAUAAAGAGGAAGUAAUCUCGGAUAGACUAGAGAAGUAUGACGAAACCCUAAAUUGGGAAAUGAACUUCUCUACCUCUCCAAAUACCCGUCACGACAACAGAGAAACUCUAGACCAUAGGCUUCUUCGAGGAGACAAGCUAGGUCUAUUGGAAAAAGCCGUGGGGUUUGAAAAGCCAAGAAAGAAGUCCUCGGAGAAGCCACCGAGGCCACCCCGACCUCCAAAGUCGCAUUCUCUUGGUGCUGCUGAUCAGAAGCUGAUCCAGGAAAUCUCCGAGCUCUCGUUGUCAAAAAGAGCACGACUUGAACGCAUGAAAGCAAGGAAGAAGAUUAAGAUUGCAAAGGCAUCGUCUUCUAGCAGCAGCACCAACUGCGGUGCCUUGGUUGUGACUGUUCUCUUCCUCCUAAUCAUAAUAUGGAAAGGUUUAUUCUGAAGAGCAACAAGGAGUUCAACACCAUGCUUUUAAAGGGAAGAAAUCCUCACGGCCCCAUAGGUGAAGCAUAGAUUAGGAAAAGUUUCUGACUAUUCACAUGGAUUAAUGUACAACUUUUUGAACCAAAUUAUUGCUUCAUAUAUUUAGACUUACGAGCUAAAUCUAUCUUGUUCAUUCAGUUUAAUGUGGUUGUAAUGUGGUGCUAGCUGUUUCUCUAUUGACCAUAUGCCAAAUAUUGUUAUGUAAGAAGAUUUAGUUAAUUAAUCCUGAAUAUACUGUUGAUAGGGGCUCCGUAAUUUGGUUCGGUUAGUGACUGUUACUUGUAUGCAUUUUUUUGGAACACUACAAGGUUGCUGUAUAUGCAAUAUUGCGUCUGUGCCCCGAAAACAUUGCCACUAUGUUUCUUCAAAAUGAAAGCUCAAUUGUUAACUGAUUGUGUUCAAAAGUUACCAUUGUAAGGUCAAAGAGCAACAUAUAUGUUACGACUUCUAGAGAGAUAUUAUAAUUAUCAGUCAGUGAGAGUUGUGUUCUUAUUUCUUUCUAAUACACUACUGGGAUCAUUAACUGUUCAUUAAUUUUCAACUCUCUCUAAUGCUUUUACUUCUUACGAAACAUUUGUUUUAUCAGAGACUGGCAGUGCUCAAAAGUGGGGGAAAGAUUUAUAUGAAUGUUUUGAAAAAUGUCUAUCAAAGUGAAGUUUGUGAUGAAAUUGCUCGUUAGUUCAGCAGUUUGUUAGGCAGAGCCGCUGAAGCAUGUUUUAUAUUGUAAAGUGAAAAAAAAAAAAAAACUCUUCUCAAGAAUCCAACAUUUUAGGUUAUUUGACGGAUAGUUUUAAACUUUCCCUUUGGAAUGUUUGAAUAUCAGCAUAUCUUAUCUAGCAUGUCUCUUCCUAAUUACUUGAGGAUUUAGUAGCUUGUUUUUAUCAUUAUAUCAUAGGAAUUUGAAUUUCAACUACUGUGUAGUCUUAAUAAUUCUCCUUGUGCAGGAAACAAGAUUUCACCUACAAGAUGAUUAAUACAAUAAUGGGAAAAACAAAGAAAAUAAAUUAAAUACUUCGGAUAUUCGAGGGAUACUUGGCAGGCAUGCGAGGGAUACUUGGGGGAUAAAACGUGGAGCUUUUCAGGUCUAACCAGGGAUAGAAUCACUUCAUUUUGGAUGACACUUGCAUCAAGGAUUCAUGCUUAAUAAAACUCAAGAUCAAUAUGAGUCUGAUUGAUUUCGUUUCUUGAUAUAUUAAAGCUCGACUAUAUUUACGUAAUUCACACAAGUUAGUUGAGUUCAUAUUUUUAUGUUAUUAAAUCUUCUUACUGAAUUUUAAAUCUGUAGUAUAUAUCUCUUUUCCCUGUUGCCGUACCCUUAUCGUGUCAUAUCCAUAUCUCAUAUCUGUUUUUAUGCAACUGAGCGUAGGUGACUUGUAAUGAUAGGAUUAUAUCUCUGAUAGUUAGCCCUUCU